AUGGGCGCCAAAGUCCCGCGUAACUUCCGUUUGCUGGAAGAGUUAGAGAAGGGCGAGAAAGGUCUCGGUGCCGAGGCCUGUUCAUAUGGUCUUGACAACGGCGAUGACCUCCUGAUGUCCGACUGGAACGGUACUAUACUUGGUCCACCACACAGCGUCCACGAGAACCGUAUCUACAGCGUAUCGAUUCACUGCGGCCCAGACUACCCCGACACGCCUCCCGAGAUCAAGUUCACGUCCAAGAUCAACCUGCCCUGCGUCAACCCUCAGAACGGAAAGGUCGAUGCGUCAAAGCUGCCAUGUCUGGCUCAGUGGAAGCGAGACUUCACCAUGGAGACGAUACUGAUAGAGCUUCGAAGGUACAUGGCGCUGCCGCAGAACAAGAAGCUUCCCCAGCCGCCCGAGGGAGCCACAUUCUAA